CGGUCGCCACCUGGUCACACUUCACCAUCAGCUGUUAAAAUUCGAGUCAUUACGCCCCAAACCAAAGCCCCAUGGAUGUUGUUUUGUCCACACACCCGCAUCCAAAUCCAUGGCCACUCUGAACGAAACCCUCCGCACCCACUGGCUCAUCUCCUUGUUCGGCCUGAUCCUGUUCGUCGCGGGGAGCACGGUUCUCUACUGGAAUGAAGGACGCGCGGUGCACAACAUGAUGGCACUGGAUGAGGCGCACAACGACAUCUACUCGGUUCGAUUCACUGAGGAGGAGCAGGAGGUGGGUCUCGAUGGCAGAAUUGUUCACCUAUCCGGUCCCAUCUUGGUGGGUGAACCGCUGACCGAGCCGGACUACAAUAUUCAGUUGCUGGCGGUCAAGCUGCGCCGGAAAGUCCAAAUGUACCAGUGGGUGGAGGAGACAGUGGAACACAACUACGGAGAGAGCGUGGGCUCUACACAGUCGGACUCACGCACCUACUACUACACACGGGAGUGGCGGGAUAAGAUCGUGGACUCGCGCAGCUUCUCCAAUCCCCACGGUCACAAGAACCCCUCGCACUUUCCCAUAGAGAGCCAUGUGCAAGUAGCCGAUGCUGUUUAUAUCGGACGCUAUGAACUUGGAGCCGAAGUCAAGGAUAAAUUUGGAGUGUACCAGGAGCUUACCUCGGAUAUUCGACCGGAGGACAGCAGCGUGAAACUGCACCUCGGCAUAUACUAUCAUACCAACGAUGUGUUCAAUCCCGAGGUGGGGGAUUUGCGCCUGCUCUUCAGUUUUGCGGGCAUGGAGGGCGAGACCUACAGCGUCGUGGGCAAGCUGGUGGGGAACAAAAUCGAACCAUAUGUGACGUCUCGUGGUGCCUCUGUGCUCCUAGUAUAUCCAGGCGGAUUAAGUGUUCACGAGGUAUUUAGACUGGAGGCACGCGCUCAGGUGUUGAAUACCUGGUGGUGGCGUUUCAUUGGAUGGCUACUCAUCUUCUUCGGCGUUACUUGCAAUACCAAAAUUCUCCGUGUACUGUUCCUUCGUGUUCCGCUAUUAAUAGCAUUGGCCCCAGAUCCGCAGUUUCCGGUGACGGGCAAUCUCCUUAUCGCAUUCUCGUUGGCCCUGACCCUCGCGGCAGUGGCCUGGAUCUUGCAUCGUCCUGUGAUAGGCGCCUGUCUCUUUUUGGCCGGCGCCUCCCCCUACGUUUGGUUCACCCGCAAUUUAGUCGAUUACCAGCGCCUGGACUGACCCCUCAACAUCAGCACAUCAUAUUUACAGGUUUAUUUAUUUCGUCUUUAUGUUCUGUGUGGCGUGCACACAAAACGCCCCAACCCCCCGGCCAAUAAAACUUAGUAACACUUA